AUGCCGCCACCUCCGUCGCCCCACACCAUUCACACCCCACUCGGCCGCUCACACGUCCGGUCUGCCAGUGUUGCUCUUACAGACAGCACCGAGCCGCAGCCCAACCUCAACUCCAACCCCAACCCCAAUCCCCUGGGACUGAGAGCGGACAGGCCGACUGACCAACUGUCAGCCAACCUCAGGCCAGCGGGGUCAACCCGGAGCCAGCGGACAGGCGAACAGGUGAGAAGAGUGACAGACGAGCCGCCUGGGCAGUCCGAGGGCAGGGGGGCGGGAGAGGCGUGCUUCGUCUCGUCGACGUGUCUCGACAGUCUGACCCGGUCUCCGAGACCGGCCUCGCGCAGGCUCGAAUCAUCCAAUUGGCCCAAGCAAGAGCGAGUGGACACUCUGUUUUAUGACUAA